GUUCCCGGAUGUAAGGUGUCCAACGAUCAACCGCCAUUUUGGGCUCUUUCAGACAGAGAGACACAAAAGCAUUAUUGAUAACUCAAAGCUUAUGUACUAAUACUGGCCGGUCGAUUGCUCUUUAGACAGAAGGUGGCGAGAUGAUCGGAACAAGUUGCCUUUAUUUACAUUUUUACCGGCUGUAAGAUGCCUGCAGCCUGUGACAACAUGGCCACCAGGUCCAAGGGAUGUGCUCCUGAUCUGACACAGCUUCCACCAGUCACCAAUCUCCAGCAUAUGAGUAAGAGAGAAAUGCAGACAUUCAUCACUAAGAUGCUCCAGUGUGUGACAGGCAAGAAGAACCCUGGCUAUGGUCUGGAAUCUGCACGGCCGGAGUGGUGGCCAGAGCAGGUGCCCUGGGUGGACGUCAAUAAAGAUGGCAAGAUAGACAGGCUGCAGCUGUCUCUCACUGAUGCCCUGCGUAACGUCAUUGUCCACUGUUAUUUAUAUCACGGCCGCCAGGAUCUCCUGUGUCUGGGCCCCAAUGUACAGGUGGUCACCAAACCAAACGGGGCCCUGAGUUUUCUUGGUGGAGAGAAAGGUCAUACGCUGGGAGACAGCAGAAAUACACAGUUUGCUGAUCCAUCUCUAACCAGUGCCAGCGCCUACAUUCCUGUCCCGGGGGACUCCCCCGCCAGAAAUACAAGGAGUACAUCUUUGUCAGAAGAUCACAGAGAUAAAACCUUUGUGGAAGUGUUUAUCUGUUUUCACUGUGAAAAGGAAUACUGCUCAAAGACGGAGCUUUUAAAUCACCAGAACAUUUGUGAGCAGCGGCCCUCAAGUUUUCAUCAGCAGCUUCAGACACCUCCUCACAAAAUGUUGCGCAAUCGACACAUUCCGGAGCUGACGCCUCUGAAGAUUGUUCAGAGACGAGAGUCUGGGAAACGGCCUCCAAAAGAUAAAUUUUUGUCAGGGUUAGGCCUGUUGCCCCAGUACAAAGCAGAGGAACUGAAGAAGAAAAAGAAGGACAUUGUCAUUGAUGACAAGGCUCUGGAGGUGGAGGAACCCCAGACGCCUAGGUCCCCCACCACCCCCCGCACCCCAAAGUCACUGCUGUCACAGCUCACACGAGAACCUCCCGACACCCCCCACACUCCACACACCCCAAGUUGGCGCAGACUAAGUGUUUGCAAGGAGGACCGGCCGGCUGAUUUGGAAAGCGUUUCGGAUGCAUCGUCAGAUAUUAGUGAGACAGACGAGAGGCAGAGUGGGUAUAUGGGUCGAGGGAAUCUACUGACAAUUGACGUGAGCUCUCCACUGGGUAAACGCGUGAAGCGCUUGGUGCAGCCUGGCAGCGAGGGCACCGGAAGUGUCAUUCUCGAUUACAAUCGCUUCUGUCACACACCCACUAAGAGUGCAGUCAUGGGGAAACUCCGUGAAAGGAACGCCAAUUUUCCAAUCACUUUUAAAAAGACGCGAAGGACUAACCCUAAGUAUUAUCACAUGUAUACCUUCUCCACCAGACAACGAAGAGAACAGUACAAAAGACUUGUCACAGGACUUGAUAAAAGGGGAAGGAAACUGGCCAGAAGUUUACCCAAAUGUAAAGUGGUGCUACAGAGACUUAAAAAAGAGGACAUUAAAAAAUGGGUGAAACCAGUGAAGGUUCCCGUCAUAGACCUAAAACCGUUGUCGACAACAGAGAUCGCCCUCUGGGUAAAAACCCCAGACAAGGACGCAGUCCCAAAAAUGAAUGGGACCUCACCAAGAGAUGGGUGGCUUGCUGCGGCACGACUGCCUCCUGGGGAACUUGGUGUCGCGUUUAGAGAACCAGGGGUCCAUGUGUACCGAAGUCUGCUGUCUGAGUUAGAGGGAGGAAGUGGGUCCAGGGGCAGGAUUGGGAACUCUAUCAGCAGAGGUCAUCUCAUAGUUCAUCCAACCUCUACCAAUCAGGAAAAGAGUUCGGGAUCUAAAGUAGGUCAAUGUAGGUCAAGGUCACAGUCACCAAAUAAAUCGCCACAGAAUAAGUUGCCAACUUUAGCCAGUUUGUUGGACAAAUCACCAGCACCAGUGUCUUCAGGAGAAUAUUUCAGUCAGACCUGUCAAGUGCCAAACAAUAGGAUUACUACACACGGAUCUCCAGGUGGAAAAUUCCCACAACACGUCAGUGCUAACAACAACAAAGAUUUGGUUCAAAGAACAAGUAAAAGAACAUGUCCGUCAUCUCUCAAAGCUGUUGCUGUGGGAACGCAAACAAACCAUUCGCCCAAACAAAUCUCCAUGUGGGAAGAGCCUUGUCCAAGAUUCACCCGCAGGAGAUCAGCGUCUUCAAGUUCGGAUUCCUCAAGCAGUUCCAUCAUUGUGCUGGAAGACAUUCCUGUUGUUGCUGCACCUCAUGCUGGUGGUACCAACACUGAGGUCGACCAAACCCUCUCUGAGUCAGACUGGUCUUUGGAAAUAUGUAGUGUGGAUUCAGAGUCUUCGUUCAGUCAGGAGCCACAGAGGCAAAAUCAGAGGUCCAGUACCAGAGGUAUAUCUCGCAGCGAGAAGCUGAAGCAAAAAUCAAGAGACCCUUCUCCUUGUAAAACUCACAGAUCUGGAUCUGCCGCGGUUUCCUCUUCAGUACACCAGAGCAGUAAAGGGACAAUCACAGCUGAACAAGGGAGAAAUGUACAGCAGCAGAGUAAAGCUACAGGCAAUCAGCAAUGGAGAUCCCUAAGAUCCAACAAAAGAACAAUGGAGGGUGUAGGACGAGGCAGAAAAAGUAGCUCAUCUUCUUCAUGUUCCGAGAUGUCAGUAGACUCCGAAAUCUCUUUCAGGAUCAGUCGAGAGGAUAUGAAUUCUGUCAUGGAUGGCAUUCCAUUGUCUUCAUCACAUUGGGGUAGUGGAGGAAGAACCAGACAGAAUCGCUCUCUCGAUCCUGAGACGGUGGCCUUUCAUGAACCUCUGACCAUCAGUCUCUCGUCUUCCCCUGAGAGCACAGAGACGUUCAAAUCAAAACAGUCCCCUGCCCAUUAUAAUCAACAUGCUAAGAAGACCAGUGAGAAAAAUGAUGAUAAAGAUUCUGGAAUUACUAUCAGUAGUAGCGCUAGUCACAGGCGGACCAGGUCGUGGACUCAUUCACCAACCUCUUCUACUGGCUCGACUGCCAGCAAGAGAAAAUUACAUGAAAGUGUCAGACAAAAUGGCAAAUCUGCCCGACUGGAAGCUGACGGGAGCAGCCUCCGUCUGGAUAAACCAAAUUUCUGGGAGGCUAUCGAGAAUUGGAAAUGUUCCCUGGAAGGCGAUAGCAGUGAUAUGUGCAGUAAGUGGGUCAGCAGUGCAAGACAGGACCGCCGGGAAAGCAAGGGAAGCAACAGGAGGAAAGAUAAUGAAGGCAGACUAAAGACGAGGUCAUCGCUCUCAAGAGUGAACAAGGUCACAGGAAUUCAGCAGAAGCAAGGUCGUCCGAGAACAGGAAGGGUUACAUCCAGCACACUCAGUAAAAACCUUCAGUCCAAGUUAGGGAAUAAUCACUGGAUGCGGUUCAGUAAACAAAACAAUAAUAACAACAACAACAACAGUAACAGUAGAGGACAUACCAGGACUUCAGAUGGUAAGGUCAAGGUCAACUUUGGAGGUCAAGGUCAGAGGAUGGCUCCAUUGGUUUCUGAGGAGGAUGGGGAAAUCACCUCUGAUAGUAGUACAGAAGAGGAACUUGUGCUCUAUGAGGAAGUCAUCUACUUGGAUUAGAUUUUCCAUCAAAGGAAUCUGUUAUUGAUUUAAAAUUUAUGAGUACUUGUGUGCUAUCAUUUGCUCAUUCUCAAAUAGCACAUUUAAGGCAAAUUCUGAAUGCUGAUGUGAGUGUACUAUUUUUUUGCCCAGUUUGUCUUGAAAUUGGUUCAUAAUUUUUGAUUUUGCCAAAAUUUUCACCAGCAGUGUAGCUGUUGCAUUUGGAAUACACUUAGCUUUAUACACUAAGUAAUUCAUUAGGGAAAUUGUAAUUUUAAACAAGUUGUCAUUUAAUUUUCAUUGUUGGUCUUACGGUAAUUCACAAAAAUUUGCUGUUGUUCACUACUGGUGUGGUUUAAGAUAUAUUUUAUUUGCUGGUGACUACAUCAAAAAUGCCCUUAUGAAAAUAAUUAUACUCCCAAAAUUAUCAUCUGGAUCAGCAAGGCUAUUACCUUUCUCUAAUUUUGGAAUCUGUAUUUUAACCUUCACUGAAAUAAUUAUUAGGAAUUAUGCGCUUUUAUGUGUAAGAGACAAAAUGAAGGCUGUGUAUUAAAGAAAGAUUUUCCAAGUUCAGUGAAUUAUUGGUCCACUUUGGAGUGUAGCUCCUGCCUUAUUCCACAGUUUUAAUUAAUUGUAUAAAGAAAGGCAAGAGGAAAGCUUGGAAUAGUUCAUUUUUGGAUUAUUUUCAUGUGGUGGGCAAAAUGCAGUGCCUCCAUUGCUUCAAAGUUUUGACAGACUGCUGUUCUAGAACAUUUUUGAAAAUUGUAGAUAUGGAAAAUAUCCAAGGUCAUAGUUCACUCCCUACAGACAAACUAAUCUCUGAAAAUUUCAUCACAUAGUCAUAAAAACCUUGCGUGUUGCCGUAAUUUUAUGUUCCUGUGCAUAAAAUCAUUGACGAGUUAUCCUUCAGGCUCCCAGUUAGUGGUGUUGUACUCCAUACAAGCUCAUCGCUUUAUGAAAACUUUUAUCCGUAACUGGAGGGGAAAUUUUAUUUAUUUUUCUGUUCUGCACAGCAUGUGGUACCAACAUUACCGGCCGAGUCUGCUGAGAGGUUGACCUCAAUGCUUCGACUUUCUGCGAGAUAAAUUUUGUUUUUGCUUUUCUACCAAUUUUAUCAGCCAUAAGAUCAAAUUGCUUUGUUCCUAUGUGACAAAAAAAGCAAUGAAGAUAAUAUUUAAUAGCUGAAAUUAAUAUUUUGAAUUAAUGAAAAAAAUAAUAAUAACUGUAUCUGCUCCUUCCAUGGACAGAAAGGUUGGGUAUUUAGACUUGGCUGUUUCAUAUUGGAUCAGAAUCUUUGGACUCCCUGCAGAUCUUAGCAUUUGUCUGCUAGUCCUGUGUAUUUCUUUUAAGCAGUUGAGAACAUUUCUUUUACAAGUUUAGUGAUGUCCAGAUGGUUUUGGUAAUAUUAUCAUGCCAUAGUGGGCACAUCUACUUAAUGAUAUACACAAGUCAUUAUAUAUGAAUAUCAACACAUUGUAUCGAUCCCAAUUGUGCAUAGCUGUACAUUUGUAUAUAACAUUUUAUUCCAACACUGUUAUUAUUAUCAUUUUAAACAAUUUUUAUUUAUUUAUUUUGUGUGUACAACAUGUACACAGUAUAUUUGUAAACCCAUUUAUAUUGGGUGUUUGUAUAGGGCAUCCUGCUGUCUGCUACAUAGUAAAGGUCAGUAUAUUUUUAAUCAAACCAAGAGGUAAGCAGUCUUGGUAUUGUAAUAUGGCUAUUCAUUGUUUAUGAUCUGUCAACCUUGCAGUCCUGGAUUUGAAGCCAAGUGAAUUGAAGACUAAGUUAAAAAGUGUCUCAUGAGGCGAAGAAAAAAGCUAUAUUUUUUCUUCAAUAAAUGGCAAAUAAGUGUUAAUAGCUGUUGCUUGAGGAAAAAUUACUGCAUAAUGGUAAAAUUGUGUAUGUGGUGUCUGAAGGUUUGCAUAUUUUAUCUCAUGUCAGUGCAGGCAACUGAAAAAAAGUUCUACCUCUCAUUUAUGACCAGCUGGUUAGAAAGUUUUUGUUUGUGAUAAAUAACUUAAAAGCUUUGACAAAAGACGCACAGGUCUGGGGGUGAAACCAAGUUUCAUGAAGUUGACCAAGGGUUUUUUUUUUUUUUUUUUUUUUAAUUUAUCAGGUCUUUAACUCGUGUAAACGGUUGGAAAAGAAAAAAGGUUUAUGAUGGCAUUUUCUGUUUGGUAAAUAAUUUAAAUGUCAUAUAUGUCUGUGUUAAUAUUGACAUGGUUAAAAGUGUUGGUGGUGCUUAACAGAAACUUGAAUUUGUUAAUAUUUCCCCCAGAUAUUUAGUAGUUACUAGAAAAUAAUGAGUAUUGGGGAAAAAAAAUAAAAUAUUGAAGUGCUUCAGAUUUCAUAAUGAUCUCACCUGUUUCUGCAUCUUUUUACAAAAUUUAUCAAGCCCUUAAAGCGAUUUUAAACAUCUGAAAUGUGCCUGAUCUCAUAAUUAUCUGGCCUGUUUCUGCAUCUUUUUCCAAAAUUCCUCAAAACUUUUGCUGUGUAUUUUCAUGCACAUUAAAAAGGGGUCCUUGUCACUAAGUGCAUUCUAGGGGUCCCUGAUCUAUAUAUGAUUGUUUGAAAUGUCAACAUUUUUCUCUGCUUUUGAGCCAAAUAUUGAACUGUGACUCUCUAAAUGUCAGUGGCACAAUUUUUUUUAAUCUUUGCUGUGCAGCAGGUGUUGAAGCCAGGUUGCUGGUUCAUUGACAGGUUGAUGCGAGUUUGAAGAUGUUCUUGUUGGCAUUUAGGAAUAUAUUCGCUUGUGAAAUGUAAUCCCAUGGAGAGACGGGACUCGCUGAAGAUCUUACAGACAUCAUCUUGUAUAUUAUAAAAAAACUGAUGGUGAAUAUCAAUAAAUAAAU